CUUUUUUUCGCCUCUGAGGCGCGCUUCCGGAGAAGAUGUGACCCGAGAGAUGAGGUCAGAGAUCACGUUGAACAACUGGUAUAAUGAGUUCCAGCGGCUGCGGUAUUUCUGCCACGUAUCCGAGCAACUUUCAUUAUGUAGGUACUUGACUCUCGGCAACUCUUCGAUGAAACAUGCGCAGCGAUGCGAGACCAAGUUUUAUGACAACUCGAGAAGUGAUGUGUGACAGCCGCAACAGAUAUACGCAGUCAUCAUUUUAAUCCGGGUGCGUUCAACAUCGCAGCAUUGGAAAGACAGCGAGGAAUACUGGAGCCUGAUGCUUGCAAAGCUCAGGAGAAAGCACAAGGAUGGCCUCGUUCAGAUUCCGAUUGUUCAUCCUUCUGUUGCUUACCGGAGCCAUUGGCGUCGCCUUGCUUUACCACCUGAGCAGCGGUGGGGUAGGGAGUGCAGUCACAACACAUGCACCCGGGGAUGCAGAAACCACAGUGACAACUUUGAGAGCAGAACGCGCCGAGAGCCUGCGCACAAGUCCGGUGCCGCUCAAACACCGCCUCGUUCAUCUCGAUUUAAAAGGAGCGCCUCCUAAAGUGGAUUUCUACGGAAAACUUUUCCCGUUCUUACAUCAACUGAAUGCUACAGGUAUCUUGAUAGAAUAUGAAGAUAUGUUCCCGUACUGGGGCCCACUCCAGCCUCUCGCAGCGGGCAACGCUUACAGCCGUCAAGACAUAUCGCAGAUUAGGACGUUUGCGCGGGAAUCAAACCUCAUGAUUGUGCCCCUCGUUCAGACGUUCGGUCACCUCGAGUUUGCGCUCAAACUCUCCGAAUUCUCGUCGUUGCGCGAGGUGCAGCACAGUCCACAGGCGCUCUGUCCGUCGCGCAACGAAAGCCUCGCUCUCGUCACAACGAUGGUGGAACAAGUUCUAGCGCUGCAUCCGCACAUUAAGUAUCUUCACAUUGGGUGCGACGAAGUGUACGACCUGGGAGAGUGCCCGCUGUGCCGAGUGCAAGAUCGCGACAAACUGUUCCUGUCGCACGUGAGGCACGUGGCGGGUCACGUGCGUGCAGCGGGCGUCCGCCCCAUAAUUUGGGACGACAUGUUCCGCAGCACAGCCGAAGAGGUCAUACAGCAGUCCGGAGUGGCACCCCUCGUCGACGUCAUGGUUUGGGAGUAUCGCCCGCUGUUGAGUCAGCACCUCGACAGGGCAAUUUGGCCGAAAUAUUCUCGCCUCUUCCAGGGGGUCUGGACCGCGACGGCUUUCAAAGGGGCGCUGAGCCCCCGUCGCCUCCUCCCCGAUGCGUUCUACCACCUCAGGAACCAACGUGCCUGGUUGGAAACGCUCCGCAACAACCCGCUGCCGCUCCGCGGCGUCGUGCUCACGGGCUGGCAACGUUACGAUCACUUCGCGGCGCUCUGCGAGCUGUUACCCGCGGGUUUGCCUUCGCUAGCGCUGGGACUGACCUACCUGCGGCACGGUCACUUGGAAGGGGAGCCUGCAGUAAAGCUGCAGCACGCAUUGGGAUGCAGUCGGCCACCCGUAGCUCCGCUCCUCGAGCCGCGGCCCCCUCUGCUCUUUUGCACUUUUCCCGGCUCCAAAGUACACCUCGGGAUUCAGCAGCUGGCCACUGUCAUUGAGCAGAAGAAAAUUAUGCUGCGAGACAGCCACUUUGAAGGGUGGUUAUCCAGCUACAAUCGAAUGCACAAUUUUUCCAGUCCGUUUCACGUCCUGGAAGCAACGAAGAACUUGAGCGAGAUUCUCGUCACGGUGCGACAUUUGCAGCACGCGCUCGGGGAGGCGUUGCCCGAGGUCUACGACGGCAACACCGUGUCCGAGUGGAUGGACACCACGCUCCUUCCGGAGUUGAAAGAGGUGGAAGCUCUACAGGUUGACGCGGAGCGCCUGCUCGCGCGUUCAACGUGGCCACGACGCCCACUGGCACCGGCCAAGCGAGAGACUACAUACAUGCCUUGAUCUGCGCGUCAUGCGUUGAUCCUGAUGCCGAGUUUUACCCGAAAAUCUCAAAGUUUGCGGAAAGGUAAUGGUCAUCCACGGUGGUAAGCCAAGUGAGGUUUUGAGAGGUAGGCAUCCUACCCUAGACAGGUAGGGAAUAAGGGGGAAGAGAAUUUGCCCUUAUUCCCCCUGUCAUCCUAGUAAAAAAGGUCUAGCUUAAGAGAACAACAGAAAUGCAUCAGUGCAACCUUCAUGUUCAAUUCAUUUAUAAGUCUGAAUCUCCAAAGUAGCAUACGACAAAUAUCCUGUGUUUCGAAUGAGUACGCUUUUUAGGAUUUUAUGGCAAGCACGUUUUGCAUUCACACGGUGUUUUAUAGCACAAAAGAAAGUAUGUGCGAGUCGGAGAUUGUGUAUGACACAACAUUCGAUUUCUGCGAGUCAUCCUCUGUUCUGUCAUUUACAAACGGUCGAACAUUUUUUAUGGACUUACCCGUAAGGGGCAGGUUUUUAUCUCUGGUCGCAGGAGGAGCCACGAAUCUGUGACAUUUUUGGUGUCUUUUUACUUUCGUAUCCAGUUCUGUAAUGGAAACGGAUUAUUGCUCUUUUCUAUUUUUGUUUUUUGUUUUAAUGCAAAUUACGAGAUUAUGAGUCACGGAGGCUCCACGCAUUGUGUUUGUCCCUAGACGGAGCUCGCCUUGGCUCGUUUGCCUCUCUGUCCUCAGCAGCAGCUGGCCUUGUGUGCGAGCGAGUCGAAAAAGGAGUAUAUGACCUGUCCGUCCCGAUUACUUGAAGCUCACCCAAUUCGUGAGAGGGCCAUGCCAAUGUGGUGUAAAUGUAGCAUUCCUGGCCUGUAAUCGGGAAGGUCCAGGUUCAACCCCUGGUGCUGGUACUCAUUGGCUUUUUUCAUGAUUUGUGGAUGAGGUUACUGUUUGAGUGAUGAGAGGAGCUUUUAUAGUAUGAAUAGUGUUAUUGCAUUUCACGGGAUUGAGCGAGGACACUCCCCUCUGCACCGUGGAAUACACCCAGUACUAUGCUCACUUCAUAGAUAACAUUGUAUACUGUAUGCAACAUACUGAGGCAGUAAUGUGGCAGCAGCAUUCAAUUUGCAAUGUACAGUCGACCCUGAACUUUCAAACCCUUGGCUUAGAAAUUCCCUCAUUUUAUGAAUGGUACAUUGUAGCGAGAGAUAUCUUCCUUGUAUUUCUCCAUUUUAUGUGCCCUUCAAUUUUUGAAUAGUGAAUGCAUUUUGAGGGGAUGAACUUCGAAUACCCGAGGAUUUUUUACCUACGGGGUCAACAAAACACUGCACAUCCGCUCUGGGCAGGGAUUUGGGAUAAACAAGAUAUCAACCGAUACAGAAGCACCCUUCCGCAGUCAUGCAGUCUUGCGCCAAAAAUGCUGUGGUGAAAUGCCACCGAUAUGAUCUGCAUACUAGCACCACGUCAGGGCUACAACACAUUACAUUCUAGGUAAGGUGGAAGAAAAAAUGAAUUGCUAGCCAGCCAUUAAAGAAUUCACUUUCACAUUAAAGGGCCACUAAACCAAUAUUAGAGCAAUGUAUCAGUUGGAAUACGUUCGUUUAACUCCGAAACAUCUUUUCCUAAAUUACGAAGGUUGAGAACGACGUAGUAGCGCAGUAACUACGAAACGUGUUGCGCGCUAUUUCUUUAAC